CCUGACCUUAACAUGACCAACAACACCAAUCUCACUGAGGAGAUACUAUUCUCUCCAUACUUCCAGCACUCACUAGGCAUGGCUGCUGUGUUCGUCCUGGCUUACUUGUUCAUCUUCCUGCUCUGCAUGAUCGGUAACAGUGUGCUGUGUCUCAUAGUCCUGAAGAAGAGGCACAUGUGGACGGUCACUAACGUCUUCAUCUUAAACCUUUCCAUCAGCGAUCUGCUUGUGGGGAUCUUCUGCAUUCCUACCACUUUGGUGGACAAUCUCAUAACAGGUUGGCCUUUCAGUAACAUAAUAUGUAAGCUGAGUGGCCUUGUGCAAGGAAUGUCUGUCUGUGCCUCCGUCUUCACACUGGUGGCCAUUGCAGUAGACAGGUUUCGCAGUGUAGUUUAUCCCUUUAAGCCAAAACUAACACUUUUUGUGGCAAAGGCAAUCAUUGGGAUGAUAUGGCUGUUGGCUCUGGUCAUAAUGUUCCCUUCGGCUCUGAUGUUGACCGUCCAGCAAGAACAAAGCCACUUUAUGGUUCAAGAUGACAACUACAACCUGACUUAUCCUCUUUAUUCUUGCUAUGAAACAUGGCCUGAGCCUGAGAUGCGGAAAGUGUACACCACAGUUCUGUUUGCUCAUAUAUACCUGAUUCCCCUCAUUCUUAUUAUCAUUAUGUAUGGGCGCAUUGGAGCUAAACUGUACUCGACCACCUUCCUGGUCAAAGUGAACCAACCUGAUGGCACGCCUCAUGGGAAGUCACCUAUAUCACACAGGAAGAUCAAAGUUAUCAAAAUGCUCAUUGUUGUGGCCCUUCUCUUCAUGCUGUCCUGGCUGCCUCUGUGGACCUUGAUGCUGCUAACUGACUACGCACGUCCUGAAGGAGACCAGCUAGAUCUUCUGACAGGUUACAUUUUCCCUUUCUUCCACUGGUUGGCCUUCUCCAACUCUAGUGUCAAUCCCAUCAUCUAUGGCUACUACAACAAAAAUUUCAGGCAAGGAUUUCAGGCUGCAUGGAUGCAGCGACCAUCCUGCUGCUUUGGCAGGCCUUCACAGGUCCAUCUCAAGAAGGUGAAGAGGGCCAACAAGACUUGCUCCCACUUGGACAAAUCUCUCAGUGCCAAUGCUCUGAACCUAGGAGUUAAAAACAAAAUCUACACUGACAACGACCUAACAGGUUGCGUGCGUCUGGAGAUGGAACACAGGAAAGUGUCAAAGGAAAAGAAAAUCUCGAGGGCAGAAGGAGGAUCAGCGAACAAAAGAGAGCUUCUGGAAGACAUGGAACGAAUCUCUCCAACAGGACCUACAGUGUACCAGGCCUGGGAACUUUAA